AUUCUGAAAUUUUCUCGGAAGUCCUACGCCACUGACGGCUUUAUAUCUUGACGGUUAGGGGAAAGCCAGACGACAACAAGAAGCGCACGAGACAUCACAAACAGGUCAGCGGGAAGCUCGUCUAAUUGAGGUAAACGUGAUCUGCAGAAUGAACAGAGCGCAGAUCCAGCCUUGGAGGUGUUUGGAUCAGUGCUGUCAGUUGAUUGACUGGAGCUUUACCAUGCCUGUUGCCUCCACCAGGAAAGAGCCUGUGCCCCAGAUGUUGGACGCGAUGAGCGACAGCACCACCAGCUCCACCACAGCCAAUGACUUGGACCUCAUCUUCCUCAAAGGCAUCAUGGAGAGUCCUCAGGUGUGGAACACACACAAAUACUCACUAAAUUACAUCAAUAAUUAAAAUGGACUGGAUUAAAAUGUGUGUGUCGGUG